AAGGAAUUCUUGUGCUACAAAAGCAGGAAAAUUGUUUUUUGAUAUUUCAAUCAGUAAAAUUCUAAUUAGUUGGUAUAAACAAUUGUAAAUCGAGUUCUGUUUGGUGUUUUUUGCGUUUAAUGCGUUCGGUUAUUGUUAUUGUAAUUCAAAAAUGGUAAUAUUUGAUCUGUAAUGAAUCAUCGAUUGACAGUGUCUACUCAUGAAUUGUGGAAUAUAUACAAAAAAUGCGGUCCUCACGUUAAAGGGAAGAUUCACGUUUCAAAACUGUAUUCCUUGGGGAGGUUGUAUGUUGACAGCGAAGAGGAUGUUUAUAAAAUCAUCUGCUUGUUGGACCCUAAUCGGAAGGGCUUGUUAGGUUUUAAAGAAUUCGCUGUUGGUGUCAGGAAAAUUCUUACUGGAGAACAUUUAGAAAGAGAUAGCAUGAUGUCACCUAUAUCGGUUUCUUCAGAAGAACCGUCAUCAGUGGUCGUACCGCAGCAACAGCGUCGUUCGCACCUGAAUGGGGUGCCCGGGGGUGCUGUCGGGAACGGUGAGGGCGCAAGUCCGCAUCCCCAAUACGAACUAAGUCCUCCGGACAGUCCUCGGCCGGCCGAGAAAAGUCAGUGUUCCUCGCUGUCGGACGGCGAGAGCUUCGAGUGCUACGGCGAGGGUGGGGAUGUCGAUCUGGACACAGGACCACCCCUAGGUACCAACAGUAAUUCCCGACAGAAUGAUUCGACCAACCAGAGUCCUCUAAAUGUCGGAAUUAAGAGGCACACCUGGUUAAGAACGAGCCUACGAAGGUCUCCACCAAGUCAUCAAGAAAACUUGCCAAACCGGAGAUGGGGUUCAUUUCGACAUGCUGGAAAGAGACAGCUUGGAUCGAAUGCUUUAGCAAGCCAACUGUACCGCAGUUCGAGUUUCAACUCCUCGGGCCGUAGCAGUACCUGCGACACCGCUGAUGAUAUGUACUCGGACGCGUCCCUCGAAGAAGACGUCCUCGAUUUGAACCACAAGGUAGGGAACAAACUGUACAUUGAUUUCGUUUCGUGUGCCUAUAAAGUAUAGCUCGACUUUUAUGCCAUGCCUUUGUCCAUGAAUAGGAGUUGCCGGUAUUCGUUUAUGUAACGCAUUAAGUCACGAUUUUUUAAGGAAUAUAUAAUUAAUAUACCGGCAAGACAAAUA